AUUAAGUUGUGGGAAGCCGGCUAUAUAUAAAUAGUUCAACUUUGCACUGUGUUCAAUUCCAGCUUUUUUAUUCUUGAGAGCUUCAAGCUUCUUCCUUUCAUCAUAACAAAGAAACAGUAGAGAUGUCUUCUCCAAGCAAACGCAGGGAGAUGGAUUUGAUGAAACUGAUGAUGAGUGAUUACAAGGUUGAGAUGAUCAACGAUGGAAUGCAAGAGUUCUUUGUUGAUUUUCAUGGUCCUAAAGAGAGUCCUUAUGAGAAAGGUGUGUGGAGGAUUAAGGUGGAGUUGCCAGAUGCAUAUCCUUAUAAAUCUCCUUCCGUUGGCUUUGUCAACAAAAUCUACCAUCCAAAUGUUGAUGAAAUGUCUGGCUCAGUUUGUUUAGAUGUCAUCAACCAGACUUGGAGCCCCAUGUUUGACCUGGUCAAUGUGUUUGAAGUAUUUCUUCCUCAGCUCCUUUUGUAUCCAAAUCCAUCUGAUCCAUUGAAUGGAGAAGCUGCUGCCCUUAUGAUGCGUGAUCGUGCUGCUUAUGAUCAAAGAGUUAAAGAAUAUUGUGAGAAAUAUGCAAAGGCUCAAGACAUAGGAGCUGUGGAGGAGGAGAAAUCUAGUGAUGAGGAAGAUGAUCUGAGUGAAGAUGAAUAUGCAUCUAGUGAUGAUGAUGAUGCAGUGGUUGGAAAAGCUGAUCCUUAGUGGCAAUACAAAUGUUCAAUUUAGAAUUUUUUUUACAGUGUGUCUGUACAUUAUUAUCAUAUUCUCCUACUGGAAAAUAAAACCAAAAAAAAAAACUAGAGAAUUAAGCAAAAAUAUGAAUGCCCCACUUGGGAAUUUGUCUUUUUUCUGUAAAUUAAUGACAGUUAUAUUUAUGAGUUUGAAAUAACUCACCUACUGGCUACUGUUAUACAUGUUA